AAUGAGAUUUAGAAUAAAAGCAUUCUUUUCCUCAAAGUCAUGAAGUAUAUAAAGCAAUCACAUGCAUAUAUUCAUACUAUUUGAAAGCUCUCUCUCUCAAUUUUAUAGCCUAAAGAAAAAAAAGAAAAAAAUAAAUAAAUAAAAGAGAGUGAGUACCAUAGUAGUGAUUUUGAGGCUGAAAAUUUAGGAGUGAAAAAAAAAUUCCAUGGGAAGGCCUCCUUGUUGUGACAAAGUUGGCAUCAAGAAAGGUCCAUGGACACCUGAAGAAGAUAUCAUCCUUGUUUCUUAUAUUCAAGAACAUGGUCCAGGAAAUUGGAGAUCAGUGCCUACUAAUACAGGGUUAUCAAGGUGCAGCAAAAGUUGCAGGCUUAGAUGGACAAAUUAUCUGAGGCCAGGAAUCAAGAGAGGGAAUUUUACUCCUCAUGAGGAAGGAAUGAUUAUUCAUUUGCAAGCUCUUCUCGGUAACAAAUGGGCAGCCAUAGCUUCAUAUCUUCCACAAAGAACAGAUAAUGAUAUAAAGAAUUAUUGGAACACACAUCUAAAGAAAAAGCUGAAGAAAUUUCAAGAAGCUUCUUUAGAUAAUCCAAACCAAGUUCAAUCAUCAAACUCAACUUCUCAUCAUCAUCAAUAUUUAUCCAACAAAAGCUUUAGUGAUAGAAGUUUAGAUAUUAGCAACAAUCAUGCUUCAUCCUUAAAGCUUACUCAAUCUUCAUCAUCAACAACAUAUGCUUCAAGCACUGAGAAUAUUUCAAGGCUUCUAGAAGGUUGGAUGAGAACUUCUCCAAAUCCUCCUCCACUCAUCAAAUAUGAUCAUAAUAAUAAUAAUAAUAAUAAUAAUUUUGAUCAUCACAAAAUUACUACUACUUCCAAAUAUAUUACUGAUCAUGGAAGAGAUUUAGUUUCACAUGAAGAGUUUGAUUCUAUUCUUUCAUUUGAGAAUCUUAACAACAAUAACAAUGCUGCAGCUUGGGACAAGUCAACUUGUGAUUCUAUGCCUGAAAAGUGUUGUGCUUCUUCUUCUUCUUCUCAUCACAACAAGAAUAAUCAUAAUCAUAAUAUUAAUAUUAAUAUUAAGAAUAAUAUUAAUUGUGGUGGAGCUCCACCAUUGUCAUUUCUUGAGAAGUGGUUAUUGGAUGAAAAUGUUGGACACGUGGAAGAAAUGAUGGAAUUAUCUGAUCCAAUGUUCUAACUUUGGAAAUAUCACCAAUAAUUAUUUCCUAAGUUUCUGAUAUGUCAAAAAUUAUUCCAAUCAUAAAGAUAAACUAGGGUUUAAUCCUUAUAUUACAUGGGUUGAGGAUCUUACAAGUUAUCAUCUCUUUCAACUUGUAACUUUGAACUUUCAUUAUUUAUUACAUGUUGUUUUAUUAUUUCAAGUACUAAGGUUAAUUGCUCUUUGCAUUGUAGAAAAACUACCAAUGUUAACUUUGAGCCUAAAUAAUAAAUACAAUAACAAUUAGUUA